AUGGGCCCGGCGAGUGGCGCUGCCGGCUGGAGAUGCGGCCGGAGCGGCGGCGGGUCGGCCGCCCUGGUGUUGAGGCUCCUGUACGGUUUGGUUCUUGUACUCCAGAUAGCGGGGCAGCAGGAGGGAAAGGAAAGGGGCAACGCUGAGGAAUGCAGGUGCUCCGAUGUCCAGCCACCGGGGACGCUGACAUGCGUACAACAGAGGGACUAUGGAAAAUGCCGGGCCAUCUGGAUGAUGGUCGCGCCUUUGGAAGUGGGCCUCCCCGAGGGCUACUGCCAGAGCACCUGCGGCAGAUGCGAAUGUGAAGGGGCACCCGUUUGGGAGGACUCCAUGCCCGUUGUGGAGGGAGCUGGGGACUGCGAGUGCUCGGAUGUCCCCGUGCCGGACAGCACUCUCAGCUGCGAGCAGCAGAGGGAGCUUGGCAAGUGCUUUGCGGUGUGGAUGCGAAGAGUGGAUGGGCUCAAAUAUGGCUACUGUCAGAAAACGUGCGGCCUGUGCCCCUGCGACGAAUCUGGCGCCCAGUCUGAGACUUCAUCCGUGCUUGCUUCCCCUGGCGUUACAAUCAGCACAUCACCAGCUGAGGAACCUGCAACAGAGAGCCAAACAGCCACUGGCAAUGUGACGGAAGUGGAUGAAGGCACCAUGGCAGUCUCGGAAAUAGAAGGGGGUGAUUCUGCAAUAGAGGGCGAGAACGCUGAGGGUUCAAAAGCUGUGGGAGAAGUGGAGGAAGGCGUGGUGAAUGUCACCAGCCGAGAAAGUGGCAAAGGUGGAUCGCCGACAACAGACGGGGAUGCUGAAGCGGCAGAGGCCAUGCCAGAUGAGGACGAAGGCAUGGCGAAUGUCACAAGCCCAGACAGCGCAAAAGGUGGAGCGCCAACUAAGGAUGAGGAUGCCAAAGCAGCAGAAACAGAGGAUUCAGUUGAGGUGGUGGACAAUAAGAAAAAAGUAAAUGCUAUGGCUGGUGCGACAUUGCCCACCUCAACAGACCCCGAUGUAGAGAAACCCAAAGGCAAGAAGAGAAAGAAUGGUGGGAUGCCGCGCUUUCCAAUAUUCCCUGGCAAAUCGGAUGAUGUCAUUGUGCUAGACGCGGAGCCGACUGAUGGCAACGCCACUGUUGCAGCUCCAGAUGCAGAAGCUGAUGCGGAAUCUGAAACCAAGGCUGAUAAGAAGAAGAAGAAGAACAACAAGGCAGUCAAGAGGAAGAAGAAUCAUGACCACUCCACCGGAUCAGAUGAGGAAGUUGCGAAUACUCCCUCAACGAAGGGGGGCUCCACAUCAGCAUCAGUCGACAACUCUGUGCCAUCUUCAAAACGGGGGAAUGCCACAGCAGCAGAGACAGAUACUGGCCCAGAGGAUGGAAUGGCAGACAGGAAGCAUCGGCACAAGGCCGCUCGCAGCGCAGCAUCAGCAGUGCAAACUCCAGAACCAGAUGCUGCAUCACAGCCAAAGGGAGGAAAGAUGGACAUAUAUCCAAGCGACAUGUCCGUGGAUGGUUCAGAAGUGAAUGGCACUGCAAUCGCAUCCCCUACCCCAGAAGAAUUGCAGCAGUUGGAGGACAUGCUAGUGAACAUUGAGAACAUAACCGAUGACCCAGUGGCCAUCAAGGCAUUGGCCAAAGGGAUAGCCUCCGGCAAGGCUGCGGCAAUGCGUUCACUGCUUGGGGAGUUCAGUUGGGCGGCGCUGAGCGAUCAGCUUCUCUCUGGGGGCCCAAGCACUGAGGAGCACACGGGGGAGGCGUCUGCUGAUGGAGGGGACGGGGCGACUUCAGCGUGGGCAACAUUGCCUCAGGGGGUCUCUGAGGAUGGUGUGCAAGUGGUGGCCGCAGCUGGUCCUCCUCAGUUUGGCGCGAUUGCUGCUCCCAGUGAUCCUGUGCCUGAUCCUCCAAUCGAAGACACCACAACCUGCAAAGAAAUGGAAGCUCUGCUGAACAGCCCCAUUGGUCAAUCGCAAUUCAAGUACAUCAACCAGCUCCUCACGAAAUCAGGGCUGCUGAACGACUUGAAGAGCCCAACGCUGAGUGUGACGCUGUUUGUCCCCCUUGACGACGCCUUUGAGUCGGACCUCCCUGAGGGCAUCACCCUGGACGCCAUCCUCAACGACAACUCAACCGAAAUGGUUAACCUCAUCCGCAAGGUGGUGCUCUACAACUGGGUGCCCGGAGUCUACAAGACCACAGACUUCCAGGAGGGGCAGGUGCUGCGCACAACGUACGGCACGACGGUGCAGACCAGCGCGGAGGACACGUCGAACACGCUGCAGAUGCACUUCAACAGUGGGCGAGACGCCUGGGAAGUGGAGAGCGCCGGCGGAAAGUUUUCAGCACGGAUCGACAUUCCGGACGUCAACAUGUGUUGGUCCGUCAUCCACGUCGUCAACCGCAUCCUGUGGCCGGAGGGCGUCCUGAAGAGCGCAGGAUUCUUGCAAGGGCCGGAGGACGGUUCCACCUGCGAGACCAUCGUGGACCUGCUGGAGGGGCCAGCGAGUGGCGGCCAGCUGACCUACCUCAAGACGCUCAUCGAUCGCGCUGGCCUCCUGGGUGAGCUGCGCAAUCCUGAUUUCAAGGCCACAAUCUUCGCGCCCACGGACGAGGCCAUCGACAAUAUGCCGGAGCCGUACUGCGUGCAGAAGCUGCUGGCGGACAAUACCUCGAGGGCCAUCAACGAGAUUCAGAAGCUUCUCUUGUUCCACGUGGUGCCCCGGCCGCUGCUGCUGGCGGACAUGGAGGACGGCCAGUCGGUUGGCACAUUCGCCAGCCUGGCGCCGGGUCUGGCCGCCAGCGGCGAGGCCGACAUCACCUUCAUGGUCCCGAAGAACAAGAAGAAGAAGACCAAAAUCCUUGCGGCGCAGUCCAAGGCCAAGAUCAUCACGCCGGACAUAAAGGCGUGCGGUGUGGUGGUGCACUUCAUAGACAGCCCCUUGAUACCCACCUUCGCGGACAACAUCCUCGAGUUGCUGACCUGCACUGAGGAAGAGAGGAAGGAGUUUGCGCGGACGGAGGCGGCAGCGAGCCCCGAAGACUAUGAGUACGAUUAUGGGUUUUCGGACACCACGGAAGACAGGCGCACUGACAACGAGGUACGCAAUCCUCCUGAGCCCGUUGUGCGCGCGGCUUCCGGUAGCACCGAAGCUCCAUCCGACCCGCCCGCCGAGGUGGACGCGCCGCCACCCGAGGCCUCGUCUGAAGAUCCCAUCGGAGGAACGAACGCAGAUGCAGUGGCCGGGGAAACGAGCUUGGUAAAUUUCAACGUGGUUGGGUAG